AUUUUCAGAGGAAAUGUCGAUAACAACGCUCCAUCAGCCAACUCCUUCACACCUCCCAUUGAAGCCCAGUAUGUGCGCAUUUACCCGCAAGUCUGCAGGAGGCACUGUACCUUACGCAUGGAGCUCCUCGGUUGUGAGCUAACAGGCUGUUCUGAACCACUGGGAAUGAAGUCGGGCCAUAUCCAGGACUACCAGGUCACGGCCUCCAGCAUCUUCAGGACGCUCAACAUGGACAUGUUCACUUGGGAGCCUGGGAAGGCCCGUUUGGACAAACAGGGCAAGGUCAAUGCUUGGACAGCUGGACACAGUGACCAGUCACAGUGGCUACAG